AUGAGCUUUGCACGCUUCCUCGCCGCGACAAGCGCAACGCUACCUCGGCAAUGUGCGACAGCAGGUGUUCUGUUUGCGACUGGAGAUGUGAUCGCGCAGCAAGCUGUUGAGCGCAAAGGCAAGCAGCACGAUAUCUACCGCACCUUACGUCUGGGCGCCUAUGGAGGAUUGAUUUUCGCGCCGAUUGCAAGCACCUGGUUUGGGAAAGUGCUAGAGCGAGUGAACACGGGUAGUAAAGCGGGGAAUGUGGUCACAAAGGUCGCUCUUGAUCAGAGCGUGGCAGCACCAGUAUUUACAGCUGUCUUCUUCAGCGCAACCACCAUCAUGGCAGGUGGCUCACAAGGAGAUGUGAAGCAGAAGCUGAAUGAGAGCUGGUGGACCACUUUGAAAACAGGUUGGAUGCUCUGGACACCUGUGCAAGUGAUUAACAUGGCCUUUGUCCCAGUUCAACAACGCCUGCUAUUCGUCAACGUCGUCAAUCUUGGGUGGAACACUUUUCUGUCCUUAAUGUCGGGCUCAAAAGCACAAGCACCGCUCGAACCGAUCCGGGACGAGGUCGAGUACGAACUGCGGGAAGUCAAGGCUCACAAGCUGGCAUGA